AUGGCCGACUUAGACACUUGUCUCCCGCUCACAGUAGAUCCAUUUCAUACUGCACACCGUUCGAUCAGUCUAUACAUUCACCGUACCCCGGUACUGACGUCGAAAACCCUUGAUCGCAUCGCCUCAACGCCUCAAGAAAGAUCCGCCCUCGAGGGCACACAUUUCGAAGACCAGGAGCCGGCCAAGCCAGUCUUCCGGCUCUAUUUCAAAUGCGAGAAAUUCCAGAAGAUAGGGGCACUUAAAGCUCGGGGUGCGUUCCAUGCCGUGCUGAGAUUAUUUUCUGGGUUGGGUCUAGAGGAGGUGCGCAAGCGUGGUGUAACCACCCAUAGUUCUGGUAUGAAGCUCAAUGCCCAUCAGAAUGGGGAUUGUUACUUACUUCUGUCAAAAGGGAACCAUGCUCAAGCACUUGCACUUGCGGCGGCUACCUUGAAGAUUCCCGCCCACAUCGUCAUGCCUUCGAUCUCGACAUCAUCUAAAAUCGCUGGCACGAAGGCUUACAACGUCCGCGUUCUUUUCGGUGGCUCUACGGAGCCCGAACGCGUAGCUGUAGUCAAUGAAACUUGUGCUAUCCUCGUGCCACCGCACGACCACCCAGAUAUUAUCCUGGGUCAAGGUACCGCAGCGCUUGAACUCGAAAAGCAAGUAGCGGCCUUGAUGAAAGAUGUCGAUACUGAGGUGGAUAUCAAGAAAGAUCAUCCAUUAAAUGUAGUUAUCACACCGUUGGGGGGCGGUGAACCUUCGUUUCAGGGCGGCGAUGAUGGUCGACACGGUCUCGCUGCUGGGUCCCGCAUUCCCACUGUCAGUACUCUCACAAUUGCGGACGGUUUGCGAACACCAGUUGGGGAGAUUAACUGGACCGUUAUCCCCGAUCAGAAAAAGGUGAGAGGGGUCUUCGCCGUGACAGAAGAUCAAAUUAAGGAUGCUAUGAAGCUCGUCCUGGAAAGAAUGAAGCUUGUCAUUGAGCCGAGUGCUGCUGUGCCCUUGGCAGUUGUGCUGUUCGACGAGGAAUUCCGAACCAUUGCCGAGAAAGAGGGAGGAGAGAAGGGCUGGGAUGUUGGUGUGAUUUUCUCAGGGGGGAAUACUACAGUGGAGGCAAUCUGGAAUUUGCAUGGUAUUACUUUAUUUCAAUUGACCUUUACGAGCGAAGGUGCAUUGUGGAAUAAAUUAUUUCCAGGAUAUGCAAAGCUGCUAGGCAUCUAUUCUCACAGCAGUCUCAGCUAUGCGGGUACCAAACCUCAGGAAGCGAUGCAACAUCUGAUCAAAGAGAUCGAGGGCUGCAAAGAAGGUCUGCAACGUCAUCUCCAGUUCUUCCCCUUAAAGGACCUUGUAAUUAGUGUAGGAGCAACAACACAAGCACUAUCGUCGCAGUUUCUGCUGCAGGAUGGUUAUCCAGAUCCCGAGCUGAACACUUUGAGGAACCUGCUUGCGAACCCCUUCGGAAAUGAUUUAGAUGCAAAAGUGAAGAUAGAAAUCCAUGCUGGAGUAUACCCGCUGCUCAAUAUGCAACAAUUUUCAACAAAUGCCAGCAUAGAGAUGGGACGCCCUGAGGACGAUAUUGCUAUCUUAGUGCUUGCAGAAGUUUGUAGUGUCUGCAACGAUGGCGAAAGGCCUCGCCCAGAAGCGCUUCUCGUGGCCGGAACCUUGGCGCUUGGGAGACCAGUCUCAUUCACACGUCCGAUUGUGGAGCGUAUCAGCCAGGAGCACUCCAUCGUGUCUUGGGAGGAGAAACAGGCCGAUUCAUCAGGUAUUCCCCGGUCCAGGACCGUGCUCUUUAUUUCCGAUAUAUUUGAAGAUGACACAUACCCACAGCAUCAAUGCUUUAGAAACUUGAAGGCCGUGCUGGAAUCCGCCGGGUCCAUCCUGGAGAAGACGGUCGAAGUAAAGGUUUUCCUGUCAGAUAUGGAGGACUUUGAGAAGAUGAAUGAGGUUUACUUGCAAUGGUUUGGUGACAUCAAGCCCGCUAGAACGUAA